CGAGGCGCUCGGGGCGGGGCUCGCUGGGCGUGGCCUCGCCUCCCGCUCCGGUCGCCCGUGGAGACACCGGGAGCGGCGCCGGGAUCAUUACACCGAUAAAAUCAAGGCAAGCUGGACAGGGAGCAAGUCUGCCUAUGUAGCGUGCAGCGGGUGCCUCUGCCUAAAAGCACUUCAGGCCGCUGUGCUGCCUUCUGGACUAACAACCCCCUGCCUUUCCCAGCAGAAAUUCCCCGCUCCACUGAAAGAUGUCUGGCAAAACAGCCACCACCACCAACAACAUCGCCCAGGCCCGCAGGACCGUGCAGCAGCUCAGGAUAGAAGCCUCCAUAGAGAGGAUAAAGGUGUCCAAAGCCUCCGCGGACCUCAUGCUGUACUGCGAGGAGCACGCCAAGAAGGACCCGUUGCUCAUGGGAAUUCCAGCUUCUGAGAACCCUUUCAAGGACAAGAAAACCUGCAUUUUGUUAUAGGAGAGGGGCAGCUCCUCCUGCCCAGCCCCUGCCGGCCCAGCUGGGCCCAGCACCACCACUCCCCCAGGUACCUGCGCCUGCUCCCUGCCCCUGCCAGACCGUUCCCCGAGCUUCCCGAGGCGUUCCUGCUGAUCCCUGGCUCUCCUAGGAGGUUUCUGACUCCAUCCCUGUCUUUCCUGGCCGAGGGAAUGGGCUCCGGGGUCUCUGCCUGGGGGGUUCCCGCUGGCGUUUGCCAACUCCAACACGACCAAAGUUGCCUGAGCUUUGCAGAUGACGCAAAGCUGUAGAGACCUGAUGGAAUCACCGGGUUUACAUUUUUUAAAAUUAAGGAUUUUUUUCUUUGGGGGGGGUGGGGGGAUGGGGUUGGAGGUUGUGCCUGUGCUGGCAGCACCUGUUUGUGCACAGGCACGCUCAAAGUGCAUUUUCUAGCAAAAACUACCUUGCAAAAUGAUUGUAGCAGCUGCUGGGGAGCUCCAGGGAGCUGUGCCUCAGCCUUCCUCCCGCUGGCCUCCCUUCCCAGGGCUUUUAAAGGAUAAAGCUGGGAAUCAGAGAUGCUUUCCCUGCUUUCUGAGAGUUGGAAAAGCAGAAUUUCCAGCUUGGAUUCUGCUGCAUUUUCUUCCCGAGUGAAAAGAGCUGUGUUGGUAUAGAACACACCCUCGAAGAAAUGGAAAAAACGGGAGGCUGGAAGUGCCCCUGGCAGAGCUGGAGGAACGCUGCCCUCGCUCCCAAUCCCAGCUGGGUUCUGUGCAGGGAGUCAGAAGUUGACUCAUUUUUAUUUAAAAAAAAAAAAAUAAAAAAUUCAUUUUUAAACGGGAAAAAUGCCAAAUUAUCUCCAGCUUGUGGUUAUGCAUUUCUAAUUGGAGGGCCUUUCCAUCUAGUACAUAUUUUAUAUAUACACAUAAUAAAAAAGUCUUUCUCUCUG